AUGGAUACAUUCCUUACCGGGCUUACCCGGCAAGCGAUGAAUUAUGCGAUUCGCUCGGGAAUUGCGAUUACGGCGAGCUAUGCGAUGCGCCAGUCGUCGCGCUUGCUGAAGAAUGUCAGUAGCGAAGAGCGUGAUGAGCUGCUUUCGCUGCAGCAACGUCUAGAGAGCAAAAUACAAGUUAUCUCUCCAUCUAUCGACAUGAUUGAGUUGAUUGCUGCUCGAGGAAAUACUUCACUUGAAUCUGCAGUCGCCCUCACCAAAUCUCUGCGAUGGGACAUCCAGGCUCUGGGACAACGUCUAGCAAAGGCCGCCGCAUCGGAAGAAUUGAUUCGAAAGGGGGCUAAGCCCAAAGAUCGUGCACAGAGCGAAGCAGAAAUCAAGUUCAUUGUCAAGGACAUCAAAAAGCUGUUAGCUCGGAUUGAAGAUGCGGUGCCACUCAUGAAUCUGGCAAUUACUACAUCCGGGGCCAAGCUGUCGACAAACUUGCCGGCAACAGUAUCACCUUCCCGACUUCUUCAGGCGAGCACAUUCCUCACCGCAGGAGACACACAAUACUCGAUGUCUCCAUCGCAGGCAGUACAGGUUGGGCCGACAUUCACCCUGUCAAUGUACAUGCUAUUUGCCAGCCAUUUACGACCUCACGACGAAGAAUCUGUCCGUGAAGCAACAUGGAAAGAAGUCAUGCACAAGGCACGAUUGAAACUGCGGCGUGUUCCAAUAGAUUCAUUGCAAUCUCCAGAAGAACGCAAACGAGCAAAACUCCCUGGGCCGGCCGGAGCUGACGAAUACAUAUACCAAGUCCUCAUAAUUGAAGACCUCGAAGAUGGUAGAGUGCACACAUUUGACGAGAAUGAUCCACAGCCCAAGAACUACGAGGGCAUUUCCCAAGCUGGAAUUCGGGAAAUUUUGCCUAUUCAUCAAAUUUCCAAGAUAUUUUAUGCCGAUACUGGUAGAAUCCUCAACAUCAGCACCGAAGGCGAGACGAACAACCCAAUACUCCUUCUGAAGCGUGACUUGAAUGCUCUUCCCCCGCGCCGCAUGAUGGAACGGGAGGAGGUAGAGGACGAGUACCCUCCAGCUGAAUUCGAUGAAGAAGCAGAGGACGAGGAGCAAGCCCUACUCGAUGCACAAUUGAAUGGAGAAAGUGAGUCAGCAAACGAGAGCUUCACUUCUCUCCAUCAAGACUCCAUACCCGAAGAAUGGCGCCUGCCACCUGGACUGGAUCCAGAAUGGAUCGCAUUCGAAGUCUACAACGAGGACGAAUCCUCUGAUACCGAAUCAGAAGCCGAAAACAAUGACUCUACAAACGGGCCCUCAAUCGACCCAAAUAUGAUGGCCAAGCUAUCAAUCAAUGACCAGAGCCACUCAUCCCCCUCUCCUUCCCGCCAAAGAUACACAUCGCCAUCGGCCACAGGAACAACCACAGUCACAAACCCUCACUUUGAAAACAUCCGCACCUCCCUCUCCCUCCUGGAAACUCUCCUCCGCCUGACCUCCCUCCAGCAAUUCCAGCAACAAUCCCACCUCUCCAUCAGCGACGAACUCCUCAAUUUCUUCCUGGAAGAAUCCUCCACAACAGGCGCCGGAGGCGACGAACAGCACCGCCAACGCCUCCGCAAUGAAGCCCGCCGCCGCGUUGGCUGGGAUCCUUACAACGAAAGCCCUGUCAAGCAUCGUGGUGAAGAUUAUCAGUAUGGCUGGGAGGCUGGUAGUCCCUAUGGCUAUGCCCGUGAUGGAGCUGAACCUUACUCGCCUAUGGGCAGAGAGCAGGGCCUCCAUCUUCGUUCUAGAGAGGGGACACCAGAGACUCCCGUGCGAAAGGGUUCGCCUGGCGUUCGUCCCAGUGGUCUGCGUGGUAUGACGCCGGCAUAUUCCCAGUCACCUCUUGGUAAGAAGCGAUCACCGAAGGAGGGAGAUCCGGGGUCCGGGACGGCGGAAUGA